CAACAGGACAGAACCCGAAACCUCGUGGUUGCAAAGCAAAUGUGUUGACCUCACAAUCAUUAAUUUUUAUGCAAGUUCGUGAUGCGUCUUGGGGUGCAGCCGUUGAUUAAAUGCUGCAACAUUUGAGCAAUUUCUCUUCCUACUUUUCGCUAUCUGUGUGGGUGCAGUUGUUAUUUUCUCUGAAGUAAAAUAUGCUUUCACGACUGAACAAUUUUUAAAGGAUAAUCGACAGUGUUUUCUUUUUGGUUAAAAAUAGUAAACAUAUUUGAUAAUUACAUAAAGUAAUAUUGACUUCAAAUAAGAAAGAAAAAAAAUGAAUUGAAGGAAUGAAAUGGGUGGAAACACUGAAUGAAGUUUAGGAAAGAAAAGGAAUGAAGAAGUGUGAGGGGCGUGGGCACAUGUGUAAUUGGAGAGGGUUUGAAUGAUAAGAAAAACGUGAAACUAAACGCUUACAUUUUAAUUGAUAAUGCGAAUGAGUAUGAAAAGAACGUAACAGCAAAAGAAUUACUUACCGGAAUAGACAGGCGACAGUCGUGAUGGUACUGAAAAAGUAGAAAGUACAGUUAAAUAAUAAUAAAAAAAAAUAACCAGCAGUCUUAACAGGUCUCCAUCUGCCCACCGUAUCUUACUUUCUGAUUGGGUGUGGUCGACGGCGCUUGUUUAUAAGAAAAGUAGCUGAAAUGUUAAAGAGAUGAAUAAACAAAAGACUUUCACGAAACGAUAAGCGAAGCAGAACAAAGAAGGUUGAGAUUUUUACAGGAAAAUGCAGUAAAUCGAAUGGUUAUAAGAGAAACGCUUCACUUCAAGACGAAAAUACUAAGAAAGGGAGAGAGUGAGGUAAAUAUGGAAAGAAUGAAUUCAAAGGACCAACACGAUUGUAGAAAACCAAAUUAUAAUUGAAUUACGGGAACCAAUAACAGACAAUGACUGAGCGUUCUUGGGUAAAUUUUUUUGAAACUCGGGCAUUUUACGACUAUGAGGCAUUUACAUAUAAGUUACCACUUCGAUAUUUUCGCGCCAACAGGAAUAUUCGUUCUGUCAGCAUUGAUGACACAAGACGAAGGAGACGGAGGAGACGGAGAGCUGGAGGUGGUGGUGGUGGUGGUUGCUGUUUAAAAGUGCUGCUAGCUUCUCUGGUGGUUUCGUUCCUGUUUUUUCUCGGUGCUGUUGCGUCAUUAUUCUUUCUGUCCAGCGGUAAUCUUCAGAACCGGAAAGUACAACGACCUCACCUUCGUAUCAAUCUUCUACUUUAUCUGACGGUUCCAUUGAUGACGGCGGAAGUGGAAUGGCUGAAAUCUCAAUUAUAUAAACUUGACCUUUUGGGGCUCAAAAAGCAGGUAAGAUUUGACAUUUUGUGAAGAAUUAUUGGAAUGACACUGCAAUCAAGAACGAAAAAUAUGAAGCAUCUCUUCAACAGGGAAUAAAAGGAAAGAAAAAUGACGAGCUGAGAUAACUUCCCUGUUCUCACAGAUUGGUAAAAAGCUCGAUGGAAAUGGUUUCUUGAAAGAUUUAACCAUUCAAUAGAAUGUGGGAGCAAAAUGAAGAAGUGAUAUGUCAUGACUUUAAGAAAUGCUGAAUAUCCAGUGUUUGUGCAAUAUACCAUAAAUGAUGGCUUUUAAGACACAUGUUUUUUUCCAUAAAAAUGUCUCAGAAAUCACCCUCGGGUCCGAUAUGCAAAAGUGGGUCUCCCAAAAACUAACUUUGCCCCUGACACUCACUACUAUCGACUAAUUUUAAUCUAGAUGGUCCCUUCUCCCAAGUCUGACCCCAUAAUAAUAUUUAAUUAAAACUUAUUAUUGUUAUUGUUCCUAAUGAAUGGGGUGGGGUGGGGGUGAGCUGGUAGAAUCAUUCUCAGCUCACCAAACAAAAUGCUUAGCGACUUUUCUUAUGGUUUUAUGUCUUGUGUUUAAAUCCUGCCGAGGUAGACUUUGCCUUUCAUUCUUUCGGAGCCAAUAAGAUAGGUAUCAGUUGAGCACUAGGGCUUGAUGUAAUCAACUGAUCUCCCUCCUGCAAAAUUCCAGGCCUUGUGCCUAUAAUAGAAAGGAUUAUUAUUAUUAUCAUUAAGGUGGUGAGCUAGUAGAAUCGUUAGCACGCCAGGGAAACUGCUCGGCAGUAUUUCGUCCAUCUUUACAUUCUGAGUUCAAAUUCUGCUGAGGUCGACUUUGCCUUUCGUCUUUUCAGUAUCGAUAAACUAAGUACCAGUCGUGUACUGGAGUCGAUCUAAUCAACUUACUCCUUCCUUGAAAUUUCUGGCCUUGUGCCAAAAUUUGAAACCAUUAUUAUUAUCAACAUUACUUGCACAGUAAAAGGAAUUCUCAUAACAAUAGACCAGUGAUGUUUGCUCACAACAGCUGACCCCUUUUUUGAUUGCUGUAAUCAUGUAGAAUAUAUUUGCUGUCUUCAUUUAUACAUUAUUUACAUUAUUUACAUUUGUCCUCAUCUUGUUUGUUGUUAACACAACGUUUCGGCUGAUAUACCUUUCAGCCUUCAUCAGGUGUCUUGAGGAAAUUUCGAACCUGGGUUUCUCAUUCCUAAGGUAUUUUUCAAUGUUAUUAUUAUUAUUAUCAUUAUUAUUACUACUAUUCAGGUCACUGCUUGGAAUUGAACUCGGAAUUUGGGGGUUAGUAGCCCACACUCUUAACCACUAUGCCAUAUGCCCAAUUACAAACAAGAUGAGGACAAAUAUCCGUCAAAUGUAAAUAAUGUACAUAAUUCCUCAUCUCUUAAAUAUAGAACUGUCUUGCUUUAUGUUUAGUUCUUCUAACUUUUUGGAUAAAGUAACAAGUUUCUGCUUUGGUUAACAGACUUUGAAAUGCUUACUUUAAAUAUUACAUCUUUUAGUGUAGUAAAAGCCAUUUUUCCUGAAUAAGGGCUGCUGAAAUUUGGGUGUAUUUCAUAUGCUCAAGUGUCUUUUUAUGCCAUCAAAUACGGUAAAUUUGAAAAGCUAAGAUAAAAAUGAUGGUUGUGGUAUAUUUUUAUUUUUACUCAAAUUAAAUUAAAUGUGUAUUUUCUGAAUCUUUCCGGCUGCUGGACAGUCUAAGAAGACAUUUUAUUUCAAUGAACGUUAAAAGGGACUAAAGAGAAUAAAAACAUUUAAAAAUAAUUUAACUAUUUAAAUACAAAUCUAUUCGUUAUCUAAACUUAUUACUUCAUUUUCAAUGAGUUAUUGUUUGACCUGAAGAUCAACUGUUAUAUUUUACAAUAAAAAUGUUUCAUUAUAUUCACACGUAACUUCUUAAUACCA